AUGUCAAACCUGGACACACCGCUGCUUGAGCUGCACAUUGUUCACCUUCUUUAUGAAACAGUCAUCCCCGAGGAUUAUCUGGAUCCAGCUAAUAUGAAGCGGUACAGUGCAGAUCCUACUGACUCUGCCUUCAGUUGUGUGGGCUCCGUGUAUGCCAUGCGGCAGAGUCCUGCAGAUGGACAUCCUGCUGGAGGCUCCUCUUCCUCCUGUGGCCAUCGACCUGCUCCGGUGUCCUCAGGGAGGUCUUCCUCUGCUGGCCCGCGGCACCACGCCUCCAGCCCAACAAGGAAUGGGACCUAUUCUGAAGGAAACACAAGUGCCUCAAGUCCUUCACCAGAACGACAAGACGUGGCUCGGCCAUCAAGCAAGAAUCCUUUGACCUGGACCGUGGAUGAUGUGAUUUGGUUUGUGAAGGAUGCAGACCCUCACGCUUUAGGUCCUCACGUGGAGCUCUUCAGAAAACACGAGAUUGAUGGCAAUGCUUUGUUGCUGCUGAAAAGUGACAUGAUCAUGAAAUACCUGGGGCUGAAACUGGGACCUGCGCUGAAACUGUGCUACCACAUCGAUAAGCUCAAGCAAGCCAAGUUCUAA